CAUGUGCAGAAAAGCAUACGCCAUGAGCAAACGUCUACAUCAAGAACCUUCACGUGCGGAAGUCGGCAACAACGCACACGGUGCUGGACGGCGUGGAGAUCCCUGGAGACACCCCCACAGUCACGCAUGCGUUUGGUCAUCCGACUGUGAAGCUCCACUAACCGUACACGCUCGUCUUCACUUGUGGGGCAGACUUGAUGCUUGUUUGUCCGACGGCCUUUGAAAGCACCCAAGUCCCAAGUACUAGAAGAAGAAGAAGAAGAAGAAGAAGAAGGAGACCCGCAAGAGGAGGACGAACUCUGACCGCGCCGUUUUGGGAGUUGCAGCGUGGAGAAAGCGAAAGAGGAGGAAAAAGUCGUCCGGGACAUCUCCGAAAAAGACGCAACUGCUUUAAAGACGCCGUGUCCGUGAAGAAGAAAAAAAUUAUCCCGUCUCCAUGCGGUGUUGAGGAAUGACCAUUCGCCAUGGAAACCCAGUCCCAGGCCAGUUCCGCAGCUGAGAAGAAGAAGAGGGUGGAGACCAUCGUGGCGACCAAGGGCUCGUCAGCACGCAAUGACAUCAGCGAGAAGGCGGUGGCCUCCAGCACCACGUCUAACGAGGAUGACAGCUCGAGUUCGCCGUACCACCGCGAGAGGCGCAACGCCCUCAGCUCCACGACCGCGGCACCCGGCGCCCCCGUGACCGAGGAGCCCUCCACUUCCACGGAGGAGCGCCCGUCGCUGCUGAAGAAGGAGCUGCACGGCUCCUUGCCUCACCUGGCUGACCACGCCCUGCCGUACCGGGGAACGCUCUUUGCCAUGGACCCCCGCAACGGCUACUUGGAAUCGCAUUAUCCCGCACCGCAGUUCUUCCCGACCUUUCACCCUCCAGUGCCGAUCGACGACAGACACGCCCAGGGCCGUUACAUCUACGAGCCUUCGCCCGUGCCCCCUCUUCACGUGCCUCCCGCGCUGGCGGGGAGUCCGGCCUUCUCAGACAUCUCCCUCAUCCGGAUCUCGCCGCAGCGGAACCCGUCGGUGGGGGCGGAGUCGCCCUUUCACCCCUCGCACCCGUACAUCAACCCCUACGUGGACUACAUCCGCUCCCUGCAGCCCCUCGGCAGCCCCUCCAUCUCCGUGCUGUCGGCCACCAGAGGCCUCAGCCCCGCAGAUGCCCCGCACGCAGGCCUGACCCCCGCCGAGUACUACCACCAGAUGGCUCUGCUGGCCGGUCACCGGAGCCCCUACUCUGCCGACCUCCUCCCCUCCGUAGCAUCCUCGGCAGCGGCGGCGGCGGCAGCCAGCGGUGCCGGCGCUCUGCAUAUGGAGUACCUGCAGGCCAUGGACAGCUCUCGCUUCCCGAGCCCGAGGCUGCCGUCGCGGCCCAGCAGGAAGCGGCCGCUGCCCAUCUCGCCGCUGUCGGAGCACAGUUUCGACCUGCAGACCAUGAUCCGCAACUCGCCCAACUCGCUGGUCACCAUGCUCAACAACUCGCGCUCCAGCUCGUCCACCAGCGGCUCAUACGGACACCUCUCUGCCGGAGCCAUCAGCCCGGCGUUGAGCUUCGCCUACCCGCCCACGCCGGUGGCCUUGCACAUGCACCAGCAGCUGAUGAGCCGCCAGCCGGGCAUCGUGGGCUCCGCCUUCGGCCACAGCCCCCCGCUCAUCCACCCGACGCCGGCCUUCGCCACCCACCAGAGGCCCGUGUCCGGCUUCCCCGCCGCCGGGCUCCACGCCAACGAUCGUUCGGGCGUCUCGGGUGACUCCUCGCAGAUGAAACCAACCAGUGAAUCUGCGGUGAGCAGCACCGGCGACCCGAUGCACCACAAGCGCUCCAAAAUGAAACCGGAGGAGGAGCUGCCAAGCCCGGGAGCGGUUAGCAUACAGGAUCACCCCGAUGGCAUGACGCUGGUGAAGGAGGAAGGGGACAAGGACGAAGGAAAACAGGAGCCGGAGGUGGUUUACGAGACCAAUUGCCACUGGGAGAACUGCUGCCGCGAGUUCGAUACCCAAGAGCAGCUUGUGCAACACAUCAACAACGACCACAUCCACGGGGAGAAGAAGGAGUUUGUGUGUCGCUGGGAGGAAUGCUCCAGGGAGCAGAAGCCCUUCAAGGCCCAGUACAUGCUGGUGGUCCACAUGCGCAGGCAUACUGGGGAGAAACCUCACAAGUGCACCUUUGAGGGAUGCGCCAAGGCCUAUUCUCGUCUGGAAAACCUCAAGACUCACUUGCGUUCCCACACGGGCGAGAAGCCAUACGUGUGUGAACACGAAGGCUGCAACAAAGCCUUCUCCAACGCGUCGGACCGAGCCAAACAUCAAAAUCGUACACACUCCAACGAGAAACCGUACGUGUGCAAAAUCCCCGGCUGCACCAAACGCUACACGGACCCCAGCUCCUUACGCAAGCACGUGAAAACCGUGCACGGUCCCGAGGCGCACGUCACCAAGAAACAGCGUGGAGAUUACCCGCGGCCUCCGACGCAACCUCGGGAACCCGGCGCCAACAACCAGGGACGUUCUCCGGGGCAGCUGUCGCUGGGGGGCUACACGGACCAAAGGGAGUACAACCACGUUACCUCAAAACAGGACGACUGUCUGCAGGUCAAAUCCAUCAAGACGGAGAAGCCCAUGACGUCUCAGCCAAGCCCUGGCGGUCAGUCUACAUGCAGCAGUGACCAGUCCCCCGUCAGCACCUAUCCCAGCGGUGGAGUCCAGCUUACUGUGAGCGCCGGACGCUCGCCAGGGGAGGGGUUGGAGGAGGACGACGACGAGGUGGAUGAGGAUGAGGCAGAGGAGGAGCGCGAGGGCCAGCCGGCCCCCAUCAUGGACUCCACCGUCUCCACGGCGACGGCGGCCAUGCUGACGCUGCAGGCGAGGCGUAGCGUGGGCCGCCCGAUGCGCUGGAUGGAGCACCUCAAGAUGGAGAGGCUGAAGCAGGUGAACGGAGCGCUGCCCAGGCAGGGGCCCCUGUCCCCGACGCCGCCCCCUAAGGGUUCCAUACUCCCCACCAUCCAGGGGAAGGGUUCCUGUCUGGGUAAGCAGUGGACGGUAGCUGCUCCUCAGCCCCCCGCUCACCCCGAACUGGGCGGCACGGAGUUAACGGUGCUCAAUUUGCUCCGAGACCGGCGCGACAGCAGCGGGAGCGCCACCAGCUCCGCCUACCUGAGCAGCAGCCGCCGCUCCUCGGGCAUCUCCCCUUGCUUCUCCAGCCGCCGCUCCAGCCAGGCGUCCCAGAGCGAGGGCACGACGGCGGCCGCCCACCACCGCCGCCUCCACAACCUCAGCUCCACCGACUCGUACGACCCCAUCUCCACCGACGCCUCCCGUCGGUCCAGCGAGGCGAGCCAGUAUGGAGGCGGGUACGGAGCCGGAUAUGGCGGGGUACACUCGGGCGGCGUAUUUGGGGGCGGAGAAGGCGGGGGUUCACGGGGGAUGCUUAAUUUAACCCCAGCGCAGCACUACCACCUGAAGGCCAAGUAUGCUGCAGCGACCGGCGGCCCGCCCCCGACGCCGCUACCCAACAUGAAGACCCGCAUGGCCAUUAUGGACGGCGGCGCCAACCAGCCUCUGCCGCCCCUUGUCAGGCCCCACCGCUGCACUGACACCACCGUGGGACACUCGGGCUACAGGAGGCGGGUCUUGUACCCCGGCGAGGGGCCGCUGGGCGGCAACAGGAGAGCCAGCGACCCAGUGAGGACGCAGGCUUCUUCUGACAUCGGCUACCUGCCCCCGGUGCAGCGCUUCAACAGCCUGAGCAACCUCCACCCUCUUCCACCCCUGGCUCAGCACCCCAUGCCGGAAAUUCGGAACUUUAACCUGCAGAAUUACACUCGCUCAGAAGGGAACCUCCAGAAGAACUCCUCCUACACCCCCAGCAUCGCGGAGCACGCCGCUUUAGAAGCUCUGGCCAUGGAGGGUGACGGAGAGGCUUAUCAUCUCCUGGAGGAUGAAGAUAUACUCCCCGACGACAUGGUGCAGUAUCUCCGCUCGCAGGUGCAAGCAGACGGUGGACCCUACAUGCACAUUGAGGACCAGGUCUCCAGAGAUAGAGUACACCAGUCCAUGGAAGUGACGGAGCAGACCUUCCCGGGAAACCACUGCCUCCAACAGCAGCAGAGGAGGAGCCCCAGCGUGCUUCCUAUCCAGUGGAAUGAAGUCAGCUCCGGGAGCGCUGAACGUUCUCCUCAGAGGAACUGCGGAAAGUGGUCAGCUCAGGUUACAUCUGAACCUUUUGGAAGGUUUGGAAACAUGGUGGUCCAGCAACAGCAGCAGCAGCAGCAGCAUACCGCACUCGGAUUCCAGGUGGACCAGUCCCAAAGUGCUUGCACCGUCAACCCUGUGGUCAAGCUGGAGGGGUCUCCUACCUCCUGCAUGGAGAUGAGAGGAGCUGCUCCCGGCACCUUUGCUAGGUCACACUUCUCCAAACCCACAGAUGGACCUCUUCCGCCAAAGCAGAACCACUUCCACAAUAGUAGAGUCUCCUGCCAGGUGGGAAACAACCUCAUGCUCAGUCGGGCCUCCGCAGACCAUCUCCAGAACGUCUCCCAGGGCGGCGUCCUUCAUCACAAUCAGCACGGUCCACCCAUGAACAGGAACUCGGGGAGGAACCACCUCAACCCAAACCCCGGUCAAGCCCAUCGGUUUCAGAACGGUGGGGGUCUGUGUUCCCUCACACAGGAGGGGCUGAAACUGGAAGCUCCGGAACACGCGUACCUGCUGGAGCAUGACUUCAGUGAUCCCAUCUCCUUCCAGCAGACAAAUCCCAAGCCGGCAUCAUCAUUCCCGACAGUGGAGGACCACUACCUGCUGGACUCCAUAACCGGGGGGGACACAUCCACUUCGCUUCUGUCUCCCGGUUCCGACCAAGUGACCAGCACGGUGGAGGGCGCCACCGUGCUGGACGACGCCGCCGGUCUGGACUUCGGCGCCAUAAUGGAAGACGGCUUUGACCAGGGUAGCCUGGUGUCGGGGCCGCUGAGUCCCUCCAUGUUCCAGGGGCUUUCCAGGACGUCGUCGCGCCUGACCACCCCUCGCGCGUCGGCUACCUUUAACGCGGCGGCGCCGCCCCUCCACGCCGUGGCGCCCGGCGUCAACAACAUGGCCAUCGGAGACAUGAGUUCUCUUCUCAGUAGCCUCGCGGAGGAGAGCAAAUUCCUGGCCAUCAUGCAGUAGAUCCCUCCUCUCUCUCUCGCUCGCUCUUCUGGUGUACGUGAAGGUAAUUAGUAGUACUUUCCAAAACGUGUACUUCCAUUUCUUCUUUAGAAGUGGGAUUCAAAGGAUGUAUAGACAAAUAAAUCAUUCCUUUUACGGAAUUAAACCUUUUUCUACUUACGACAACGUGACAGUAUUCCCGCGUAUUUUCGCCAUUUUUACUGGUAAAAAAAAAAAAUGCAUGUAUUCAAGUGGAAAUACUGUCCUUAAAGCACAAACGUAUGUGCUUGUCACUCCGGGUCACACAAACUAUAUAUCAGGGGUGCGGUAACAUGCAGCUCGUGCGCUAUUAUUGGUCCACGGGAUGGUUUGUUUUCCGGUUCGCCGUGUUCAUAAACGUUACAAUACGGGCCCUCAGUGUUCCAGUCGCUGUCCUUGUCCGAAUAUACAUAGGAUAAUACAAUCAAGUUCUUCUACUUGGUGUGGUGAGGUACUCCAGUGUAAAUACUGUAACAGUGUUUUUAUAGUCUCUCUUUUUUGAGGUGCUUUGUGUUCUUUUUACGGACGCUGACGCUGGUACAACAGCACAUUUUUUUUUUGUGGUCUUGCAAUGCUGUACAGUGAUGUGUUUUUUUUUUGUUGCUCAUUUUUCUCCAAAGCUCUUAAAUUCCGAAUGUGUACCGCCAAGUAUUGCAGCGACGUCAUCACCAGUGUUAGUAUAUCGCCUUUUUUUACCUUUUUUUUAAAAUUUUAGUUUAACUUUUAUUUAGCGUCAAAGCAAUGAGGUACAUUUUUUAUUAUUAUUGUUUUUUGGUACUGUUUUUUUUUUUAUUAUUAUAGCCGGGCAUUGAUGGCUUUUUGUUUUUUUUUUUUAUUAAAAAAAACAAGAAAUUGUUUCCUUUUAAAGGAGGAAAUGACACUGAGGUAUGUGCCUUAAAUGUUUCAUUAAAAAAGAAGAAACACUGCCAAUCUUCCAUUGUGAAUAGUACAAAAAAAUAAACAUGAACAUUUAUAUUAAAAUGUCCAAUUAUGGGGAAAAGAUUUGUCAAAUGCAUUUUCAUUUAUUUUUGUUUUAAGUUUUCACCUUUUACUGUGUUUUUAUAUAUAAAUCUAUAUAAAUAAAAAUGUGUCCAUACAUGACACGUGUAGGUUUUAGCUGAGGGGUUUAAAAAAAAAAAGGGGGUACAACAUCCUGGGGCCAAAAACAGCAGGGACUCUGAAGGCCCUUCCAGCGGAGCCACUUGGCUCUUUUCUAAAUGACUACAAAUGUUUGUAUGGUUUUAA